ACCUUUACUCUUGCCCAGUCAAUCUAUCUGACGUCCACUCGUUACUUGAAAAUCGUCCAUUAUGGUUACCCUUCAUUCUGUUUUUGUGUUCUGUGCAGUCGCUAGCAUUGCAUCUGCGGGACCAUGCAAGCCCGGAAGCUCCAUCUCGCUCUCGCUCUCGCUCUCCGAAACCAGCUCUGCGGCCUCCACCACCGAGACUACAUUGCUUGAGCCAACCACUACCGCGCCCUCAACCACUCUGGCUGAAUCUACUUCGACCGACAUCACAGUCGAGACGAGUACAGAGGCUGCCUCUGACACUACCUCUGCAGCCAUUGUCGAGUCAAGCACCACUACCUUCGUCACGUCCAUCGCAGAUACAACUACUACCGAACCAGCCACGACCACAACUUCAGCGGCGCUUAGGUGCAUCCCGGAUCAAUGCGUUGGCACCAUCAAGAUUCAAUGCGAUGUGGUCAUCUAUGGCCUAUCGGAUUAUGUUAGCGCCGCCGAUACCCAGGCUUGCGCAGAUCUUUGCAAUGCAGAUGACAAUUGCCAAGCCUUUACAUUCGAUUAUAAUUUCAACUGGUGUUAUAAGACUGACAGUAUUGAAAAUCAAUUUGUUGAGCCUCUUAAUGGUUAUGAUACCGGAAUUAAGGGAACAUGUCAGAUGUAACGGUUACACCUAACCACUACGCUAUAGGGCAAAAGAUCGGGCUAUAGCUGCUAUUGUAGCAAUUACAGUAGUGUGUGCAGCUGCUUAUAGAAGCCUUAUAGCGCUGUUACGGGCACGAGUCGUAACAUCAGGGCGGCGUCUGAGAUAGAUACCUUAGCUAGAUUAGUGUACCCUUAUUGAACUGAAUUAUAUUUAUUUCUAUAGUAUAGUUAUAUUAAAUUUUUAAUUCUCUU